AUGGGGUCAAUCGGGCCUGAAUGUUCGCAAGUGGACCCUACACCACUAUUCUCAACCCGUAUAGAAAAAUGGGAGCCUGGAGCUAUCCGCAGUCUCCUCCCUCUGGAGUCACAACCGGGGACGAUUUCUCUUGUUGCUGGAAAGCCCAACCCAGGGACAUUUCCAUUUGCUGAAAUUGCUAUUACCCUGAAAGGCCCUAUAGGGACGAAGAUCGUGCUUGACGAAGCCGAUCUCAACGUUGGUUUACAGUAUGGUCUUCCCGCGGGGAAUGGCGAACUUAUCAAGUGGUUUGAGAGCCUCCAGAGGCGAGUGCAUGGUGUUGGCGAACCCAGUGGCUGGGGUUGCUGCAUUGGCAACGGGAGUCAGGAGCUUAUCAAUCGGGCUCUUCAGGUUUUCACAGACCCCGGAGAUCCUAUUUUAGUUGAAACACCGGCAUAUCCAGGUAUCCUUGGGAUGGCACGGGCAGAUGGGCAGGAACUCAUACAAGUUCAUUCUGAUGCUCAGGGACUGGAUCCAGCUGGACUCGAGCAAACCCUGGUGGAAUGGCCAUCUGAUUGCCGAAGGCCCAAGGUUCUAUAUACAACGCCGACAGGGUCGAAUCCAACCGGCCAGUCAUGCACCGAGUUACGCAAACUGGAAAUACUCCGACUCGCUAAACGUUUUAACUUCAUGAUCUUGGAGGACGACGCAUAUUACUUUAUCGACUUUGAGGAAAUACCAUCUAAAAGAACUAGGAGUUAUCUUGCACUCGAGCAAGAGGCAAACGGAGAGACAGGGCGUGUAAUCCGAUUCGACUCCCUGAGCAAGAUUGUCAGUGCAGGUCUGCGUGUCGGUGUCCUUACGGCUCCAGUCGCUGUAAUUGAGAAAGUCUGCCGAAUCACAGAGAAUAUCAAUCUUCAACCUUCAUCGACUACCCAGCUUCUAGCUCUUUCACUGCUUCGACAUUGGGGCCAUUCGGGAUUUCUUAAGCACUGUACCCAGGUAGCAGACGUCUACCGACGCAGAAGAGAUCUCUUCAUUGCCGCAGCGGAGCGCCAUCUCAUAGGAAGAGCGACAUGGCAUGUCCCAACCGCUGGGAUGUUCCUCUGGUUGACUCUGCGCCUUCCGGCAGGACGAGACAGUUUCGAACUACUGGGUAAACAGAAAUUGGGGAACGGCAUCCUGGCAAUUCCCGGCGUCGCCUUUAUGCCAGGCAACGAGAAGGGGUGUCACAUUCGCGCCAGCUAUAGUCUGAUUCCAGAAGAGGACAUGGACGAGGCAUGUGCCCGUAUUGCUAGACUCGUUGAUGGACUGGGGCUCGAAGAUGCUGUUGAAUAG